GUUUCGUCUUGUUCCAUGUAACAAGCAGUGGGGACUAUGUGACAGCUCUCAUUCUGCCCUCCCCCAGGUAAUGGGUGCAGCCCCCGUGGGAUUUACGCCCAUGAUUCAUAUUCACACGGCAGGGAGAGUGACAUCAUCUGAGGAAAGAAACACCCUCGGCUGUUAUGUAGGGCGAGAGGGUGGAGAAAGGAAGAAAGACAAAAAUGCCACCUGCUAGUCUUCCUUUUAUACAUUGACCUCACCUGGGUUGAUUAGUCAGAGAAGAAUUCUCAACCAGCUCACCUGAACGGGGCUCUAACGCUGGUGGGUGCUGAAAGGAAUACACUUGGACUAUUACUGAACUACUCAACUCUGAGAAGAUAAGGAAAUCAAAAGAUCCAAUAGCCAAGGUUUACAGGGCGUUAGACAUAUCUUCUACUAAGAAGGGACUCAGACUUGGAGCGUUUUCCUAAGAUGGUUAACAGCCUCCAGGCUUCGUUUCAGUGCCUUUCAGAACCUCAGAAGUAAACCAAAAGACCUGUUAAGAUGCCAUUGAAGACAUCUGUGUAUCGUAGUUUGCACACCCGCUGGUCCUGGAAGAGCCAAAAAAACAUGGAGGUGCUCUCUGUCAACAUGAUCAGCAACCCUCUGGCUGACUUCCGCCAUGUUUCCCACAUCGGGAACCACGCCCACAGUGACAGCUUCGGAGACCUGUCCUUUCUGAAGGGAGGCCACAGCCUGCUGCUGCAGAGCUCUCAGAGCGAGCAGAACCUAUUCCUGGCCUGCGACCCACCACCUAAACCACCACGCCUUAACCUGGACCACACCAAGGCCACAGAGGGGACCAGGACAAACACGACCCAAAGUGGCUCUGAGAGGAGGAAGAAGUGCAACUCCUUGCCCCUGCUGGACAGCGAGGAGGGCGAGGCAGAAGGGGAUGGGGAGAUGGAAGCAGGUGUAAGUCCCAUCCAAAAGGUCAUGGUCAUAAGUCACAGUUCUGGAAGCACAAGUUCAGGAACGGAUGAAGACUCGACUCAGACCUCUUCAGUGGAGCCCCUGCAGAGGGAUGAGGAGGACGACAGCUUCUCAUUUAACCUGGACCUGGGCCCCUCAAUUUUGGAUGAUGUGCUGCGGGUCAUGGACAGGCUUCACUAUUAGCACAAUAGCCAGACAAACAUACCCAAAGACUGUCACUGAUUGGAACACUCUGAAAAUGUCAUAGAGUACUUUAUCACCAGCUGACAUCAAAUAACUCUUCACUGAGAGGGAGCCUCAGUGUCAGAACAUCUGAAACACCAUGGGGAUGUCACUGUAAUCUCCUAGCUGUUGGUCGCAAAAGGCUAUCAGCAGCAACGGAGUCAAGUGGAGUAAAGGAUGAUUUGUGACUACUAUGAGAACCUUUUCUAUUUCAUAUGAGGUAAUCUAAAGAGAAAAUACAUGUAUUCUUUAAACUAUGGCUUCUUUAUUUCAUUGUGAAUUUCUUUCAGAGAUCAAAUCAACAUUAGAUUAUCAGGAUAAAAAAGUUUCUCAACUUUGUGCUGGACACUUAACUGUAUCCAUUUCUAGUUGCUAUCUAAUCGUAAUAAAAACAAAAUGUAUAUUAUUUUUUGUGACCUAUAAGGGCUAAGAGUAAAAAUUAUUAAUUGUGACAGGUUAAACCCCAUACAAAUUAGGUAAUAUUCAUCUAAUAUUCUUUUACCUGUUGCACUGUUAGACAAGAUAGUGUAGUUAAUCAUUUAGCACAUUCUUAAGCUUUUUAAAAAGGUAGGCAUUUUCAGUUGGCCACGAUUUCUCCUUUCUAAGUAUAAAACACAGUUCCUUCCUACAGAGCUUUUGAGGUGAUUGUUGGACUUAAGACAGCAAUAUAAAAAAAGAAUGAGGGCUUAGCUUUCAAGGUCCUGAAGCCGUGACGUCUUGGCGUCCUUGCCAUUCCAUUGUGUGGGGAGGGCAAUCUCUUCUCUGCACGCAUCUCAGAGGCCCCACUCGAAGGUGCACGAAGGUGCCCCCGCCUCACUUUCCCAACAACAAAGUGAUAACACUUAGCUCUGCUUCCAAUAAAGCUGAGGUUUUUGCGGGCUGCAACCCAAACCAGGCCGCGGGUCUGAGUCCUAAAACCCCAGCAGUGUUUUCUCAGCUGUGAAUCGGAGUCUCUCACUCUGGUGAGGGGAGAAGGGAAGACGGCAAAGGGGAAUGUGAUACUUCCACAUACGCUGCCCGGCCCAAGGAGGCUGAGGACCAGAGCCAUCCAUUACCAGCAAGGCUCUCGAUGAGGGGUUUAAACGCAACCUGCUGAACAAACAAGACCUGACGCCUCCCCCCCACCCCGCCCCCACCCCAGUCACAGGCUAACUGACCCACCUGCCAGGAGAGCUGCCGGGGAAUUGACACAGCCAGCACCUCAGCGGGGGGGCUGUCAGGGUAGAAAUGUGGUGGGGCGAAGCUAAAUGCGGGCACAUUCCCGGACUUGCUGAGGAGUUGGAGGGAGUUUCAAUAACCCGGAGUGUCCUGCUGUGGACAGACGGGUAAACAGUGCGAGCACGUUAACAACCCACAGCAGGCCCUGAUGUGUGCGGGUACAUCUGUACUUCAUAUCAGUAUCAUCCAUCUCUCAGGAAAAAAUAACUAUUGUUAUGGCUGUCAGUGCUUGUAUGUUGUAUGAAAACAAUAAUGUUUUGUGAAAUACUUUUAGACCGCUGUUUACUGUAACUUCUUUUACUUUGUGGAAGAAAAACAAUUAUUGCGAAAUUCAAAGAUCUGUGGUUUUUGGGAUGGAAACGCUUGCAUCAAUAUUUUAGAUUACUUUUAUUAGUGUGGCUCAUACUCAACAGGGUAACAGAGGUUAGAGAAUAAACCAAUAACUGAAAGGUUGCUAGACUGAAUCUCUGUGUUGACAUGGGUAAAGAUCUGGUUCAGUAACGGAGAAAGGCAGUUAACUGUACUUGCACCAAGGUCAAUGCUUAAAAUGAGAAUGUGGUCUCAGUCAUACUUAACUGCUAAAACAAGGGUACAAGAAAAUAUAUAUUGUGAUCUUUUUAUAUCGUUUUGGAAUUGUGACAUUACCGAUUUUAAGAAAAUCAGCAGUUCCAAAAUCUGACUUUCUACAAAAGACUUCAUAGUAAUUAGCUUAGUAACCACGCAGUGGCAGUGUGGUUAUGCCUUCCUC